AUGGCGGACAAUGAAGCUGAGGAAGCCUUCUUCAAGGCACAGGCCAUGGGAUCAGAUCCUGCAGUGGCCGCUGAUACCGAAGAAUCAGCUGUGGAUAAGUUCGACGAGGAAGAAGAAUACGACCCCUCCAGAACCUUUGAUGACCAAUAUCAAAGCUCCGACCAAGGCCUUCAGCAGACCGAAGACACUCUAGAAGAUGAAAACCAGCAACAGCAACAACAGCAAGACGAAGAAGACAAUGAUCAAGAACCAGAAUCAGAAGUGACAGCCCCCAACCCCACUGCCUCGUCAGACAUGGACACUGGCAUUGCUAGUGAUGCGCCCGAUCCUGCUCAGAAUCCCUCUCGUGACGAGUCUCAGAAAUCCACAUCGGUCCCACCUACGGGUGUGUCGGCACAGCCCCAGACCAGAACGAUCGGGGGAUUUGAAGUUGAGGACGAUGAGGACGAGGGCGAGGAUGACAAUGAGGAGGCGGACUAUGAGCCGCCGGCGGUACUGGGGGUGGAUGACUCGAAUGCCAUGCCUAUGACCAUGCCUAUGACCAUGUCUGAAGACCCAAGUUCAGGAAAUCAAAAUCAUACCGCUUCCCCUGAUGUAUCAUCGCACCUGGUGCAUCCCUCUGCCUCCGUGCUAGAUGUUGCCAUUAGCUCUUAUUCUCCUGCUCCUGUUUCCAAUAUCGAUCCUUCUGUUUCUGGUUCCCUUCAGUGGGCGCAUGACCCGAGCAUGCAGAACAGUACCGUUCCUACCCCUGUACCUGACUCCCCUUCUUCGAAAGGCCGCAUGGCGCAUGACCGCGUGGGCAUCCUGCAGGACAGGGUUGAUGAGGAUCCUCGCGGGGAUCUCUCGGCUUGGUUGGAGUUGAUUGCAGAGCACAGGGCUCGUAACCGGUUGGACAGUGCGCGUGAAGUUUACGAACGGUUCCUCAAGGAAUUCCCCAUGGCGGCCGAUCAAUGGGUGGCGUAUGCCACUAUGGAGUCAGAACUGAAUGAACUCUUCCGUUUGGAACAGAUUUUCAACAGAACCCUCCUUACUAUUCCUAGUGUUCAGCUUUGGUCUGUCUACCUGGAUUAUGUCCGUCGUCGGAACCCUUUGACCACGGAUACCACUGGUCAGGCAAGACGGACAAUCUCGUCAGCUUAUGAUCUCGCAAUUCAAUAUGUGGGGAUGGACAAGGACUGUGGUAAUAUCUGGACCGACUACGUGGAGUUCAUUCGCUCUGGGCCUGGUACCGUCGGGGGUGCAGGCUGGCAAGACCAGCAGAAGAUGGACUUGCUUCGAAAGGCCUACCAGAAAGCCAUCUGCGUACCCACACAGGCAGUCAAUGCCCUGUGGAAGGAAUACGAUCAGUUCGAGAUGGGCCUCAACAAGCUUACGGGCCGGAAGUUCUUGCAAGAGCAGUCGCCGUCAUACAUGACCGCUCGUAGCUCCUACACUGAACUCCAAAACAUCACCCGCGAUCUUGUUCGCACAUCGCUGCCUCGACUACCUCCAGUUCCUGGCUCCGAGGGUGAUGUUGAGUUUGCUCAUCAAGUAGGCGUCUGGAAGAGCUGGAUCGCAUGGGAGAAGGAAGACCCGCUAGUCCUGAAAGAGGAUGAUGCUGCUGCAUUCAAGGCUCGUGUCCUCUAUGUUUACAAACAGGCACUCAUGGCUCUGAGAUUCGUACCAGAGAUCUGGUUUGAGGCUGCCGAGUUCUGCUUCCUGAACGACAUGGAAACCGAGGGUAGCGACAUGUUGAAGCAGGGUAUCGAGGCCAACCCGCAAAGCUGCCUGCUUUCCUUCAAGCUGGCUGAUCGACUCGAAGUCGCCUCAGACUCUGAGCAGGAUUCCUCCAAGCGGGCUGGCAAAGUCAGGGAACCCUACGAUAAGCUGCUCGAUGCCCUCUACGAGCUGAUCAACAAGGCCCGAAACCAAGAGUCUCAGGACGUGACCCGGAUUGAGGAGGCCUUUGCCCAACCGAACCCGGAUGCUCAGGCCAUCCAGGACGAGGAUGAUGACGGACUCCCCAGUGAGGCAAAGGAGAAAGAGGCCGCAAAACAGGCACAGAUUGAUGCCGUUCGAAAAGCCCACUCUAUUCAGAUCAACAUCCUGUCCAAGACGAUCUCCUUCGCUUGGAUUGCGCUGAUGCGUGCGAUGCGCCGGCUUCAGGGCAAGGGCAAGCCGGGAGAACUAGCCGGUUCUCGCCAGGUCUUUGCCGAAGCUCGCAAGCGGGGCCGUAUCACCAGUGAUGUCUACAUUGCCAGUGCCCUCAUGGAGUACCAUUGCUACAAGGAUCCUGCCGCAACCAAGAUCUUUGAGCGAGGCGCGAAGCUUUUCCCGGAAGAUGAGAACUUCGCCCUGGAGUAUUUGAAGCAUUUGAUUGACAUCAAUGAUAUCAUCAACGCCCGGGCCGUCUUCGAGACGACUGUACGCAGAUUGGCAACCAGUCCCGAGAAUGCUCACAAAGCGAAGCCUAUCUUUGCUUUCCUCCAUGAAUACGAGUCGCGCUACGGUGACUUGGUCCAAGUGAUCAACCUUGAGAACCGGAUGCGCGAGCUCUACCCCGAAGAUCCCUCAUUGAAGCAGUUCUCGCACCGUUACGCCACACCGACUUUUGAUCCAAUGACUGUUCAACUUAUCCUGUCGCCUUCGCAGACCCAGCCUAAGACACUGCAUCAUGCCGUUGUACCAGAAACUCGGGUCUCUCCAGCACCAUACCAAGAUACAUCUCUGAACUCACCUAAGCGAGCUUAUCCUACGGAUGACUAUGACUAUGAUUCCGACCGCCCGCGCAAGUUUGCCCGUGCGGAAUCUCCGCUAAAGGGCGCACAGGGCCGCCGUCUUGAUGUGCAGAAGAGAGUCACCCAGUUGAAUGGUCAGACUACGUCUUCAUACAAGCCUCAAGGAUCCCCGGCCCCCCUUCCCCGGGACGUUGUUCAUUUGCUCAGUAUCAUGCCUCCUGCAUCUUCCUACCACAUUGCGCGUCUGUUGCCGGAGAAGAUGGUCGACCUACUCCGCCACAUCGAAAUCCCUGCCAGUACCGAUCAAAUUCCACUCCCGGCCAAUGUGCGAGGGCUUGGGGCUGCUCAGAGCUCUGGUUCGAACCAGUAUGGUGGAUCAUAUCGCUGA